CUCUACAUUAUGACCGUUGUUGAAUAUGCACCUACAAUUCGACGGAAAAUAUCUUGUUCCGAAGAUGUCGAAUGCUUAUCGCCCCUAGGGUGGGAGAUGACUCAAAUCGCCCGCGCCACUAAGCAGAUACUUCUAGGUACCCGUUCCUACGAUACAACACCAUACCAGCAAUGCCUCCAACUAUCCACCUCAUACGACACGCACAAGGAGAGCAUAACGCGACUCGUAACUACGAGAUUCGCGAUGCAGUCCUCACCCCAAAGGGUAAAGAGCAAUGUCGAAUCCUAAAGUCAAAGUUCUCGCAUCACGACGAUGUAAAUAUCAUCUUCGCGUCUCCGCUACGUCGGACUAUUCAGACCGCAGCACUCAGCCUUGGACCCGCGCUUUCACGGCAGGAUGUGCCAUUCGUGCUCCUACCAAGUUUGCAGGAAGUCAGCGCCACUGGAUGUGAUACUGGCAUGGCAGAUUCUGCAGAGGACGUGAAGCGGCUGCUGCCAGAGUUGUUUGCACAAGACGAGUUGGAUUUCGACUAUAACAAGAUCGAUGCUUCCGCUGUGACAGAGGGCUGGAAUAGUAAACAAGGAUAUUGGGCAUACCAGAAAGAAGCCAUCUCAAAACGGGCUGCUGAUCUUCGAAACUGGUUCUUCCAGCGUCCCGAAGAACAGAUUGUUGUCGUCACUCACGGCGCAUUCGCACAUUUCCUGACCGAGGACUGGGAUGUUGAUGAUCCCAUGACAGGCACGGCAUACAAGAAUUGCGAACAUCGUGAAUUCGUGUUCACUGCUGACUCGACUGCCGAAGAUGCUCAUGUGACAGAGACCAGACAAAGCAGGACAAGCCGAGGGGCACAGGAGAUUGAAUCCGAUCCGCAUGUUCUGGACGAAUUGAAGACCGUGGAGGGGGUCAAGGGUUAAUGCAUAUGCAUGCGACACAGAGAUGAGUAGCAUAAGGUAGCUGGUAAGGCUCCGAGGUGAUGUAGAUGACGUGAAGAUAUACCACUUACACGGUCAAAGCCGUUUCGACUUCCAUUCC